GUGUUGGGUGAAGUUUGGCUACGAUCCCAAAACUGACCCACGCGCGAAAUGGUGGCAGGUCGCCGAAGUUCGGGUUCACCGCAAAAUGCCGAUAUUAGAGGAGUGUAAGCACAACCCAGCACCUUCGCAUGUUUAUAUGGAUGGCCAACUAGCGUCACAGAGACAGCUGAGACACCAACUAUGCGAUAUACACAAUGACCAGGUCAAGCGCAUGUGUGAAACG